AGCUAAAUUUCUUCACUGCUGUACCCGUCUUCACAGAGUCAAGAGGAUAGAAAGGUGUUGCCUUCGCAUUUUCUCAGAUUACAGCAUGGUGGCAUUUACGCUGAAAAUCGUUGUCAUCAGUGUUAUGGCAUCCACUAUCGCUAAUGAUGUGGCUUUCGCAUAUCCAAGAUCUCACGUCCUUUGGUUCGAAGUAGGACCUCCUAUUCGUAACUGCAAAGACAUUCAGAAGCAAGGAAAUGGCACCAGUGGAAUCUACACUGUUUACCCUUAUAACUGCUGUCCAGAGCUCCCUGUGCAGGUUUUCUGUGACAUGGAUACGGAUGGUGGUGGGUGGACCGUCAUCCAACGACGGGACGACAUUGAACCGAGGGAAGAUUUCUUCCGUACGUGGAUAGAGUACGCCCUUGGUUUUGGUGACCUUAAGGGUGAAUUCUGGUUAGGAAAUGACCACAUCCACGCCCUAACGGAUCAGAAACUAAAUGAAAUAAGAUUUGAUUUGGUUGACUUCAGCAAUGAAAUGCGUUGGGCAAAGUACAAAUCGUUUUAUGUAAAUAACAGAGGCGCGUCUUACAAGAUGGAAGUAACUGGGUAUAGCGGCGAUGCUGGAGAUUCGUUUUCUCCACAAAAUGGAAUGAGAUUCUCUGCUAAGGACGUAGAUGUAGAUAUGGCAGAUGAUCAAUGCGUGCAUAAUUUCAAAGGUCCUUGGUGGCACUUCAAAUGUCAUGAAUCAAAUCUCAAUGGACUAUACCUUUCUGGAAAUCAUACUGACUUUGCCACUGGAAUCAACUGGAAGAGAUGGCACGGAUAUCAUUAUUCCUUGAAGAAGACAGAAAUGAAGAUCAGACCAAUGUAUUAAUUUAGAAUACUAUUGAUUUUCACACUAUUGUUUAACACCACAUUCAAUAUUGACAUUAUGGUUUCAAAACAAACACAAUAAACGUAGCAUAUGGAAAUAAUGCUUAUGUUGAUAAAAUGAUAUCCAUUGUAAGGGAUGUGGAUUUGAGUAGCGCUAAACUCCUAUGUCACUAUCCUAUUAGUAUGAUUAUCUAAUUUUUUUCUGGUGUUCCCUUUAUUACAGGUAUAUUUAUUACGAUGAAUCGCUGUGACAUUGAAUGCCAGUUUUUUUUAGUUUUUUUUCUAUUUUUUAUUUUUUUAGCAACAGGAGUUGAAAAUCGAUGUCUUAGAAUAUAAUGAAACGCAUAAGUGGGCUCUUUGCUUGAAGGGUUGGAGAUAUAAAUAUAUUCAUCAAUAAUU